AUGUGCUUAUGUGUUGAAAUGGACUCGAAGAUGUCGCCGGGUGUCGUCGUGGCCAAGACUGAUGCACUUGGGAUAGAGGUACAGCGUACCAGUGGUCUCGAUGGGGCCGAGCAAACCUUCGAUGAUUCACAAAAAAAGACCAAUACUGAUGCAGAAUCCGGAUCUGUGUCUGCGCAAACCGAGAAGAAGCCGGAAAAUUUCCACCGUCCUAAGGGGAUCAGAUUCGCCCUUUUGUUUACAUGCAUCCUCUUUGGAAGCUUUUUAAUUGGCUAUGAUACCAGCUGUAUCGCGACACUCACGCCAGUCAUCACCGAUCAGUUCCAUGCUCUCAACGAUAUCGGGUGGUAUCAAGUUGCAUAUCUGCUCGCGCAAUCUGCAACCAUUUUGGUUUAUGGACAACUCUACUCGUUUUAUUCGAUGAAGACACUCUACAUGUCGUCGCUAUUUGUCUUCGCUAUUGGCUCAGUACUAUCCGCCGCAGCUCCAACAUCCCCAGUAUUCAUCGUAGGACGUGUAUUAAGCGGCUUGGGGGCGGCCGGCAUAUUAUCCGGCACGAACAUCAUUGUCGCACAUACAACAUCACUCAAGCACCGGCCUGUUUAUUCUGCAAUUGGUGGCGGUGUAGAAUGCCUUGCGCUGGCCUUUGGACCCUUCAUUAGUGGAAGUAUAGCCCAUUCCUCGACUUGGAAGGUCAGCUUCUAUAUCAUCAUCCCCCUAAGCGCGAUCAUAUUUGUUAUGGUAUUCUUUAGCAUCGGCCAUAUACGUCGAUCCGAGAACGCACCGCUCGGCAGCAAAGAUGGCAAGGAUGGAAAAGAUAGGCUGAGGCGCAUAGACUGGGCAGGCUUCGCCAUAAACGUGCCGAUGACUCUGUGCUUGGUACUUGGCUUGGAGUGGGCGGGAACUAAAUACUCCUGGGCCAAUUGGCGAAUCAUCCUCCUGCUUGCAGUUUUUGUGGUCCUCCUUGCUCUGUUUCUGACCGUAGAGUACAGGGCUGGAGACGACAUCAUGGUCCCACUGAAGAUGCUGCGUCAGCGCUCUGUGGCCUUUGCUAGCCUCAUCACCUUUUGCAAUUUUGCGCACCUUGCAGUGAUUGCCUACUACUUACCUUUUUACUUCCAAGGAGUGCGUGGCGCAAGCACAUUCGGAUCUGGUCUCAUGUACCUGCCUUUGGCCGUAGCAUUGGCAGUGACCGCUCUCGCCAGCGGUCCUUUGACAAGUUUUAUAGGCUACUACAAUCCAGCCUUGAUUAUUGGGAGUGUUAUCACGACUAUGGGAAGCGGGCUGAUAACUACACUCCGGCCUAAUACCAUUGCUGGGAAGUGGAUCUCGUAUCAAAUCAUCUAUGGGAUCGGCAUCGGCCUAGCUUUCCAACCGCCCUAUGUCGCCGUCCAGACCGUGCUUCAUGAUUCCAUCGUGCCCAAAGCACUGGUUGUUUUGAGCUUCACACAACAACUCGGUGAUAUCCUUAUCCUGUCCAUUACGCAAAAUGUGUUCCUUAACCGACUGGCUCACAAUCUCGCCACAAACGUACCAGAAUUAGACCCUGACGAGGUGCUAGGUAGUGGUGCGCUAGGCCUUGUUCAUGCCAUGCCUGCCAAACUACGAGACCAGGUUCUGGUCGCCUACAACGGGGCUCUUGUGGACGUUUUCUAUAUUGCCUUGGGUCUUACAUGUCUGGUCGUAGCCAGCACACUUGGUAUCGAAUGGAGGUCUGUUAAGCAGGUGAAGAAUCAAUAG